AUGAUAGAAAGUAAGCACGGAUGGGAAAAUUUAUGGACGUCUGUCACACAAGAUGGGUAUUGUGGAUAUGUGAACUCCUUAGCAGAAGCAGAACAAGUUCGGAAGGAAUUUGAGGUGGAGAAAAGUCUAACUUUCGUGUCAGGGAAACGGGAAGCUGAUUUCGGUAAUCACGGCCAUGAUCUACCAGAUAAAUUCCGAUUGAGAUUCACUGAUCUUGGCGAGCAUGAAACAAUUAAAUACACUGGCAUGCCAUUUAUCAUUGUUUCCAAAUAUGAACGCCAUUGUUUGUUUGGAAAAGAUAAGAACAAGAAAAAGAAAGAAAGAUAUCAGAAUUCAAGAAGCCAAGCCUUAUCAGCAAAACAAGACACAGAAAAGGCAAGAAGAAUUGCAAGCGAAAAGCUAAGAGAAGAUCUGAUUACUGGGAGCAACAUAAAGAAAGAACACAGAAUAUAUAUAAGUUUACCAAAGGAUGGAGAGCACCAAGAAAUGCAUCUUAUUGGUCAGAUUACAGGUUUUAGGAAUCCAUUGAACAAAGAUGUCAGAGAUAAGCUAUAUGAGAUGGUGGGACAUGGGGUUCCAAGCGUAUCAGAAAUGCGGCGUCAUUUAAAAGUGUAUGUCGAUACCCAGAUAUUCCCCAAAGCCAAUAAACCUGCACUGACAGAUGCGGCAUAUUACCCAUCAGAUGUCACAAUAAGGAAGCACAUAUACUUAGCACAACUUCGUCUGAGAUAUUCCAAAAUAGACCAGGAAAACUUGAUGAAAUUGGUUAGUCAAUGGCAAGAAAGUUAUCCCAAAGAUAAUUUUGAUUUUUUGCCGGCGACGUCCAAUCAAGAUCAACAACUGGAUGAAAACAACAUCAACAAUGUUCAGUGUGUUGAACAAGAUGAUGAGGAUGAAGUCUUCUCACACCUGAUCACAACAACCAAAUUCUUCUUCUGUCACCAAUCAGAAUUCCAAAGACAUUUGCUUUACAGGUAUUGGUCUCCAAACUAUCAAAAACUGGGUAAAUGCAGCUCCAGAAAAACCAGAAGGCUGGGAAUGGAAAAGCAUAUGGGUGUAUCCAAGAUGACAAGUAUCAUUAAAGAUCAUGUUCAGUCUUCAGAGAAAAAGUGUCGUGUUCUGGAAUAUGACUCCAUCAUUGGUGUGUAUCAUCAAAGAGGACAUUGGGAUCUAGUGAUAAUUGAACCAAAAUCGUUCACGGUCUACUUCUACAAUCCACUUGGAGAGACGACAUUUCAAUGCAGACAAGUGCUCAAUGGCUGGAGAAAUUACAUGGGAAGAAACCUUUUUUUAAGUGGUCAGUGGGAAUUGAAAGUGAAGGAACAUUCAAAGCAGAAAGAUGGCUCUAGUUGUGGUGUGUUCUGUUUAAUGUAUGCAGAGAGACACCUUAGUGGACAGUCUCUCUUGAAUAUAACCAAAGAAGAUGUUCAGAGAAAAAGGACAGAAAUAGGAACUACUCUUCUGCUGUUUGAAGAACACAUACUUGAUUGUUGUCCUUGUUGUGGAUUGAAGGUAGAUGAUCGUAAAGGGGAUUUGGAACCAAGGAAUAGUACUCCUAACCUGGAAGGAUCCAGUAGAGUGAAUUAG